CACAUUUCCUGUAUUUCCGGCUGUCUACUGGAUCGUGUAGCAUGUAUCUAACUUACCUCAGGUUGAGACGUGGAUGCUGUCUUUCAGCAAGUAGCUAACUUUACUGUUUUUUUUAUUAUGAAAAGAGAGAAUUCAGUAAAUUAUUCAAUGCUACCGUGGACGGCUGGUUGAACAUUCAAGGACUUCAUAACAUUACGAGCUGCAGAAAACCGGAAGUACGUUCCUCCAAAAUAAAACAUGGAUAUCAAAGUGGCUGUGAGUUGCACUCUGCUGUACAUCCUCCUGGACGUGGUUGUCACCACUGUCCUAUACACACAUGGAUCACACUUACGCAUAUUCAAAAGGGAUUUACUGAACUUUAACAUCCUCCAGUCACCACUGGACCUCUGGGGGAUGGUACUGCUCAGAACCUCCCUGCUGCUGGGAGCCUCUAUAGGUGUGUCAUGGAAUAGAGAAGAUGGCCCACCAAGGGUGGCUAAACUGACCACCCUCAUCCUCUUCAUUAGUCUGACUAUCAUCAGCUAUACCCUGGCCAAGCUGCUGAUGGUGAUUGAGCUGGAGCCUUUGACCAAGAAGCCCUGGUUCCUCAGCCUCAUAUGCUGGACUUGUGCCUCCUCUCUGGGUGUCAUGCUGCCAUGGGGUCUGCUGGGGAAGGACUUCAAACCGGCAAGAAGUUGCAACAGUGGCGGUGGAGAGGGCUCGGAGGACACUGAAAAGCUGAUGGAGACAGCUGGUGAGGAGGAGCAGGAGGUAGGAUGUGAGAGGAAGAAAGAGGAGGAGGGAAACCAGGAGAAGGACAAGACAAGUUCUGGGGCAACACUGGGACGUCUUCUGUCAUACUGCAAAAAGGAUGGUGGGCUGCUGGCCAUAGCCACCCUCUUCCUCAUCAUUUCUGCUGUGUGUGAGGUCUUCAUACCCUACUACUAUGGAGAAGCAAUAGACAGCAUCGUGGUUCACCAGAGCAUGGGAUAUCUUACUAAGCCUGUGGCCACGCUGGCAGCACUGGCCUUUGCCAGCUCACUCGCAAUGGGAGUUCGUGGAGGAGUCUUCACACUGACGUUUGCGAGACUAAACCUUCGGCUCAGGAACCAUCUCUUCAGAACUCUGAUGAGGCAGGAAAUUGGCUUUUUUGAUGAAAACCAUACAGGUGACAUUAUUUCACGUCUGUCAGCUGACACCACUCAGGUGAGUGACCUCAUCUCCCAAAAUAUUAACAUCUUCCUGCGAAGCGCCAUCAAGGGUGUUGGCCAUUUCAUCUUCAUGUGUGGGCUGUCCUGGAGGCUCACCAUGGUGACCGUCAUGGGAUUCCCUUUCAUCACUCUGGUCUCUAAAGUUUAUGGUGAUUACUACAAGAAAUUAGCCAAAGAUGUGCAAACAACCCUUGCAGAGGCCAAUAAAGUUGCAGAAGAAACCAUUUCAGCCAUGAGGACAGUACGGAGCUUUGCCAGUGAGCUCAAAGAGGCUGACUCCUACUACGCCAAGCUUUUGCUCAUGUUCCGGCUCAACAAAAAGCAGGCGCUGGCUUAUGCUUGCUACGUCUGGUGCAGUUCUAUCUCUGAGCUUGCUUUAGAGGUUGCUGUCCUCUACUAUGGCGGCCACCUCGUAGUAACCCAUCAGAUGAGUAGUGGUUCCUUGAUAUCGUUCUUCAUAUACGUGCUUGAAUUAGGGGAAUGCCUCGAGAAUAUAGCAUCAGUGUACACGGGUCUCAUGCAGGGAGUUGGAGCUGCUGAGAAGGUUUUUGAAUAUCUGGACAGGAAGCCCAAACACCCAGCUAAUGGCACAGAGGCUCCAGGCACAUGCACCGGCCUGGUUGAAUUUAAAGACAUCACCUUUGCGUACCCAACACGCCCUGAGGUUGACAUUCUCAAGGGUGUGUCAUUCACUCUGCAGCCUGGGAAGGUGACUGCCCUAGUGGGACCUUCAGGUAGUGGAAAGAGCUCCUGUGUGAGUCUGCUGGAAAACUUCUAUCGUCCUCAGCAAGGCCAAGUGCUGCUGGAUGGAAAGCCAGUCCACACCUUGCAGCAUGACUACCUCCACUCCAAGAUCUCUCUUGUGAGCCAAGAGCCUGUGCUGUUUGCCCGGACAGUGGAGGAGAACAUCACCUAUGGCCUGACCAACAUCCCCAUGGAGGCUGUGAUGCAGGCCGCCACCAAGUCUAAUGCUCACGAUUUUAUCACCGUCCUUCCUAAAGGCUAUGAGACAAGUGUUGGAGAGAAGGGCACUCAGUUGUCAGGGGGCCAGAAACAAAGGGUGGCCAUUGCAAGAGCUCUCAUCCGCAACCCUCGUGUUCUUAUCCUGGACGAGGCGACCAGCGCCCUGGAUGCAGAGAGUGAGCACGCCGUUCAGCAGGCUCUGAACAACAUCAUGCAUGAGCACACGGUGUUGGUGAUCGCCCAUCGGCUCAGCACAGUGGAGAAGGCAGACAAUAUCAUUGUGAUUGACAGGGGACAUGUGGCUGAACGGGGGUCUCAUAGUCAGCUGAUGGCCAACGGAGGGCUGUACAGCAAGCUGGUGCAGAGGCAGCUCCUAGGCAUGGAGACCAGGGUGGAGGUCCUCAACCCGCCUGAAAACCUCAAGUGGAAGUCUGAUGGUUGUAGGCAGCGACGACUGAGCAGCAGCAGCGCCAGUGAGUCUGAGUGCAACAUGCGCUACUGACAACAAACUGCAGUGUGUAGAAAUGGGAUUGGACUGCUGGAUGUUUUUGAAUAACAUUUGUGGAUAUUUGGGGAUUCAAACCAUAUGUACUGUAGACAAUAUUUUAUGCAGAUAUUUACUUGCCUAAACUCAUUUUCAUGCAUAGAGCAGAAAAGAUGCUCUAAAAGAAUGUAGACUACAGGAAAUACUCCACCAAAAUCCAGGAUCUUGACAGGAUCCUUUAUAAGAUAAUCCUUUAUUAGUCCCAUAACUGGGAAAUUACAGAAUGCGGAAUGUGGAAUUUUAAUGUGGAAUUUGAUGAAGUUGUCAUGUCAGAGUCAGUUCAGACUAAGAUCUACUUCUAGAUCUAUGCUUCUCCGAAGGAAUGGGAUGGUUUUGCACAGAAAAUCCAAAGGAUGUGACAUUUAGUGUGUGUCCCUGAGUGCCUUCCCUCUUCAUCUCCCCCACAGCAACCGCAGUGUGCAGCACCAGCUAACAUUAGCUUAGAAAUUUAGUCUACAAACACAACAAAUCACCGGCAAGUGCAACACAAAGUGCAUGUAAGCACAAAAAAAGUUUUAUCUGUUAAAGCCUAUCUUGCCAGACAGGAAUGUCACCAACAUCGGGAAAAUACUAAGGUCAGCUUCAGCAGGAGUCUCAGUUCAAACUAUAAUAACAGUGUAACAUUGCCUACUUCAUCUUCUUACAUCAUCCUGACCAAUCACGUUCAGUCUUGUGUAUGUCAUGUCACAGUUUUGGCGCAUUUCCAGUUUGAGCACAUACUCAAGCGUGAGCAACAGGAUGCUGUCUGCAGUUCACUCAAUGGCCAACAGUGUCAUUAAAAAAAUUCCACAUAGCAUCUUUAAAAAUAAGAUAAAUUAAAAGAUGUUGUGUUCCCUUUCAAAGCUGUUCAAUCAUAUCGUUUGUAAUUAAAUAAAUAGGCAUUAGAAUGACUACAGUGCAUUCUGCUGAUCUGAAUGCACUCUAGAAAACUGAUUGUGGUGGUGAAGAUCAGUUAAUGACACUAGAUGUAUUUGCAAUGUAUUUAUAAUGUAACCGUAUAGAUCACUACAAAUGAAAAACAUGUAAUGAACAUUAUAAAAAUAUACUGCGUGUUGGCCUGAAAA